UCCUGCUCUAGUAAAGAGACUAAAUGUCUGCAGAACAUGCUUAACUUUUUUCUAUCCAUGUUCUUCUUCUAACAACCAACAGGGUUGGCACAUCGAUGCACAGGGACUGGCGUGUUGCUCCUCUCAGGAGCUUUCUAUGACAGGCAUUCGAGUUCACUUGCAGAUUAAUUACAUGUUGGGCAGCUAAUGUGUUGUUGCAUUAACUGUGUUUUUUGGUCUCAGUCUUUAUUGUGCAAAAUUGGCAUCUCCCUUUAGUUGAUACGUUUUUUUUCCCCAUACAUUUCUUUGAGGUUGUUUUUUUGACCUAUUGACAUCAUGUGGGAGUUCAGAUCCAUGUCUUUCUGGCGGGCUGUGUUUGCCGAGUUCUACGGCACCAUGUUCUUCGUGUUCUUUGGGCUGGGCGCAGCCCUCCGCUGGACCACCGGGGCCCAUAAUGUCCUCCAUGUUGCCUUUUGUUUUGGGCUGGCAGCUGCCACCCUCAUCCAGUCCAUCGGCCACAUCAGUGGAGGUCACAUCAACCCAGCGGUUACCUUUGCCUACCUGAUUGGCUCUCAGAUGUCCCUGUUCCGUGCUUUCUUCUACAUCAUAGCCCAAUGUCUUGGAGCACUGGCUGGUGCUGCCGUGCUAUACGGCGUCACACCCAGCAACAUGAGGGGAAACCUGGCACUCAACAAGCUGCAGCCAGGCGUCAGUAUGGGCAUGGCCACCACCAUGGAAGUCUUCCUUACACUGCAGCUUGUUGUCUGCAUCUUUGCUGUGACCGAUGAGAGGCGCAACGGACGCAUGGGCUCCGCUGCUCUUGCCAUUGGCUUUUCUGUGCUCAUUGGGCAUCUUCUUGGGAUGUACUACACUGGGGCAGGAAUGAAUCCAGCCAGGUCCUUCGCUCCAGCUGUCCUGGUCAGAAAUUUUGCCAACCACUGGGUGUACUGGGUGGGCCCAAUGAUUGGCGCCGCCUUGGGUGCUCUGCUGUAUGACUUUAUGCUUUUCCCCCGAAUGCGAGGCCUCUCUGAGAGGAUCGCCACACUGAAGGGCACCCGGCCCCCAGAGGCUGAGGUCCAGCAGGAGACCAGGGGAGAACCCAUUGAGCUUAAGACACAGGCUCUAUAAGCCCAGAAGAGAAGAUCUGACCCCCAUCCCUUACCCAUCACUUUGCAGUUCCUGGUCCAUCGUCAGCCCACUGCACACAUACCUCCUCCCCACCUCCACGUAUGCUAGCACAGAUCCCAAACUCGUUGUUGUGCAUCCUGUAUUGGGCUUAAUGAACUACAGUGAAAUGGCACCCGCAGCCCUGAUCAUCUCUCCUCCUCCUCCCUUGGACUACAGGAAACAGAUGGGUUAGAAGAAGACUUUCCACUGAAGGAAGCACCCUGUGCCCUGAAGUGUCAGGAGUCAGUCACUCCUUUUUGAGCAGGUGGCUAUGACUCAGGAUCAGGGCCUCUCCCUCUAUCGUUCCUUCCCUUUCUUUCUAAUUUUUUUUUUGUAGUCUGCUAGGAGUGAUGCUACAGUAGAGCAGUGGAUGUCUGCAUGUAUUUCAUUUUGAUCUAGUGUGAUUUCACCCAGUUGUUUUGUUUCAUGAACUGUGGGUAAAUGGCAUGUUAUGUAUUGUCCUUUGCCAGAGUUUAUUUGGCUCACAUUCUUUUUUUUUUAGUUGUAUGAGUGAGAACCAGAGAAUGAAUGCACAUGCAUGUCAUGCAUAAGGCUCAUGCAUGUGCAUAUGCGUGUAUAUGCUUGUGUGCUUGUUUUAGUUGAUCAUCUAUUUUUUACUUUUCAUUGCUUCUUGUAUAUAUAUAUAUCACAAUUAUCAUUAUCUUUACUAUUAUUAUGUUUGAUUAAUCAUGCAAACUUAUUUUAGGGAAACAUGCUGCCUUUUCCACUCCUCACUGACACGGCACCAUUUGAGUACAAGUUUAACAGAUUCUGUUAAAGCCCAUUUCAUUCUGUUUAGAGUUUGUGUCUCACAUGCAUACACAUUCAUAUGUUUAUUAAAAUAAACACAGAACACCAAACAAUUUGCUCUUCCCCCGGGCUCAGUCUUACCCUAUACCAAAUCUGCUAUCCACUGCUUUGUCAGUGGGAACUCUUGAGGUUUCUAUGUUUACGGAAUUACUUAAUGUUUAUUUUGAGUUACAUUUUUAAAGCUUAAAGCUUCAGAGCAAUGCUUUUCAUUGAUACAUGUACAGGUGAGCGGUAGUUGGUUUGCUUUUACUUUUUGCGUGUCUGCCAUGGAAAGAAAAACAUAGAGAGCCAAAUCAGACAAACUGUCAUAAGGAACAAAUAUUUUUAGGUUGAAUUAUUUUGUUUGAGAUGACUGAGGUGUGUCUUGAGGUUAAAAGAAUGCAUGAGGUGUGGUGAAUUCUUGUUGGUGUUGGCGAACUGGUGUCUCCUCUUUUCUCCGCUGAGCUGGGUGACUCUUAAAUAGAUUUACUGUCUUCUGAUAUAAGGCAGAAGAUAGAAGGUCACAACAAGGCAACUUUUUUUUUUUUAGUGUGUUUGUACAGGGUGACAAAUGUUCGCCUUUAUUUUCAUACAGUGUAUAUUAACUUUGGAGCUCUGCAAUGACCUGGUGUCCCCUUCCUUCUUCCAUUCACCCUACCUCCUCCCUUUGUUUAUGAGGCAGCCAUCUUGUUCUGCUCUAAUGAGGGGACAUCUAAAGCUGCUGGGAUGGAGGGAAGGGGACAGUGCGAACUUCUCUUCUCUCACAGAGAGAGGUUCGCUUUUUGACAAAAACAUUUCAGAGCAGUUAUUGAACCAGGCAUCUAAGCUGAUUCUCUUUCUGCUUCCUCUUUAUAACCCUUUUCUUUUCAGUGUGAUUUGCCUGGCAGUGAUUGAGUAGGAACUGCAUUUUAGUGGCAUGUUGAACAUAAAGUUUGUGUUCUAAUUGAAAAGCUUUGUGAUGUACAGUGUAAAGUUUUCUUUUUUUAAACAACAACAACAACAAACCCAAACAUUUCAUGACUGUUGAAACUGUAUGGAUAGGGAAUGUAAUCCUAGGCAAUGUCAAUGGAUUAUGGAAGUAAUGCCAAUUAUGUUAUCAAAAUGUUUUAAUUCAAUGAACAGCCUUUAUGGUACCAGGCAUGCCUUCCCAA